AUGUCCCACCCAAGCCUGCCACAGGCCAACGCUAGCCAGGCAUCGGAUGCGGCGGCAGCCGCUGCGGCAGCCACUGCUCGCGGGCGCUCCCUUUCGGAAACCGCGCGACCAUCCACGGCCCGGCCCAGUGCCCUGGGCAUCGCCAUCGGCGGCACCGGGCCCAGCGGCCUGUCGGCCAUGCCAGUGUCCUCGGCCUCGUCCAUUGGAGCGGGCACCGCGGCGGCCGGGCCGUCGCCCUUCGCACCGGCCCCCUACCACCCAGGAGCCCGGCUGGCGGCCAUGGCCGCGGUCCCGGGGUCCGCUACGUCGGCGGCCAUUGCGGCCGCCGCUGCCGCCACCACCGCCACCACCACUACCCCGGCCCAAGCUAUUCCCUCGCCGCCGUUGUCCUCCUCGCCAUAUGCCGCGGCUGCCCGUGCGUACGCCCCCUCCCCGAGCUCCUCCUAUGGCGCGGCCUCCGGGCCUUGGAUGAUUCCCCAGGGGUCGGCCGCCUACGCCGACAUCGCACCCCUGCCGGGGAUCCCGGUGUCCCAUUCGCCCUCGCGGGCCUUCGGCCCACGCUCGCUCUAUCCCUCGACAUCGGCCUCCUCAGCCGGGAGCUCCCCCUACACGGCCUUCCCCAUCCACCUGGCCUCAUACCAGCCGGGGCCGGUCACCGGGGCCGGCAGUGGCAGUGGCCUGCCCACCGGCCCGGCCCCGGGCUCCAGCGGGUCCUCCGCCGCCCCGCUGUCCUCGUCGUCGGUCUUGUCGCCCUACGCCCCGGGAGCCGGCAUUCCCAGCUCCGGCGGCCAGGCAUCUCCCUUUUCACGGCUUCCUCCAACAACGCCAGCCAACUCGGCCCCGGGGACCUUCACCAGUGGCUUCUCGGCUCCCUUCAUCCAAGCCCCCGAGGCGGCUCCUGGCGGCGGCGGCGGCGGCGGCGGUGGCGGUAGUGGGCCGACGAGCGGCCUCCCAGGGCCUUCGUCCGCCGCUGCUCCCCCGGGCAUUCAGCCGGCCAUGCCGGCGGCCGUGGCUCCGACAGUGCCCGAAGCAGCUGUGGCCACCCUGGCCAUGGAUGCCGACCCGGCCGCCCCUGCCUUGCCAGCCUCCUCGUCCACCAGUACCUCCGGAGCUUCGACCGGCGGAUCCUCGGAUGUCUCCUCCGCCACCCGGCCGCUUGUCUACAAUGUCCCCACGCGCGAGCAGGCAGAGGCCGCCUCUUUGGCACAGUCGCUGCUCGAUCAGGAUUCCCGGGCCGCGGCAGACGCGGAGUCGGCCGCCGAGUCGGCCGCCGCCGGCAGCACGCCCGCCUCCGGGACCCCGGCCACCAUGGCCUCCGAUGACCAUCGGCCACACGCCCACCCCUCGAUGGAGCUCAGCUCUCCGCCCUCGGUCAGCCUGAGUCAACCAUCGCUCAGCUUCACCCAGGCCAUGCAUGGGCGCCUGCAAAUUGGCCGGUACAUCCUCGGCGAAACGCUGGGCGUCGGCUCCUUCGCCAAGGUCAAGGUGGCCACGCAUGUGCCCACCGGCGUACGCGUCGGCAUCAAGAUCCUCAAUCGCCGGCGCCUGACACAGGAUGACCUGGCGUCGAAGCUACGCCGAGAGAUCGGCGCCCUGAGACGCCUGAGACACCCGCAUAUCAUUCGACUGUAUGAGGUGAUUUACACGGCCACCGAGAUCUACAUGGUCAUGGAGUAUGUCAGCGGGGGCGAGCUGUUUGACUUCAUCGUCAAAAAUGGCAAGCUUUCGGAGGAUGACGCGCGCAAGCGCUUCCAGCAAAUCAUCAGCGCUGUGGACUAUUGCCACCGCCACCGGGUGGCCCACCGGGACUUGAAGCCGGAGAAUGUGUUGCUCGAUUCCGAGGGCAAUGUGAAGAUCGCGGACUUCGGCCUGAGCAAUGUCCUGCAGGAUGGCGAGUUCCUGCGCACCAGUUGCGGCUCGCCGAACUACGCCGCGCCCGAAGUCAUUUCCGGCAGCCUCUAUGCCGGCACUGAGGUCGAUGUUUGGUCCUGCGGGGUGAUUUUGUUUGCUCUCCUUUGCGGGGCCCUUCCCUUUGACGAUCACUAUAUCCCGGCUCUCUUCCGGAAAAUCAAGCAUGGGCGCUUUGUCAUCCCGGACCAUGUGUCGGCCGGGGCACGGGCCCUCCUCCAGCGCAUGCUCUGUGUCAACCCCACCGAGCGAGCCACCAUCUCGGAUGUCCAGGCCGAUCCCUGGUUUCAGGUCGGCCUGGCGGCGUACCUUCGGCCACGGGGUGCUGCCGGCGCGCGGCCGGUGACGGGUGACGUGCCGGGCACCGUGCAGCCCGCCGUUUCGGCCGUGGCCUCGGUGGCCUCCUCGGUGGCCGUGGCGGCCCUGCGCACGGACUCCUUCGCCGAGCGUGUGUCAGCCGGGUCGGACGCCUCGGUUCCCGGGUCGCCAACCCAUUCGACCGGUGCCGGCUCUUCCUCCUCACAUCCGGCUGUGCCGAUCCAGCAAUCGGCCCUGUCCAGUGCAUUGGCUGGUCAGGUGGACGUCGCGCCCGAGGGCUCGGCCCCGGCAGGGUCCCCGCCGGCCGGGGCCCUGCCCGAGGCCCUGGUCAUCCCCUCGCCCUCGCUGGCUGCGUCGGUGGUAUCAUCGCCACUGGCUGCCUCGGCCACGGGAGCUCCCCUCGGCGGCUCGCCGAGCAGUCCCGCCGCCGGGUUCGGCACCUCGGUGCCAAUCUUCGCGCCGGUUACCGUGUCCGAGGUCAGUGCCGGGAGCUUCGCCCCGGCGGUGCCCUUCGGGGCCCUCUCCGCCUCGUUGCCGGUCUACUCGCUGCCGGUGGCGGGGCCCGGCUCGGGCAUUCCUCCCCCGACGCACCACGGCGGGCCUGGCUUCACCACGACCACUGGCUUUGCCAUUCCCCUGGCCUCGAGUGUGGCAGCCGCACCGGUCACGGGCACGGGCACGGGUGCCGUGCCGUCGUCGGUGUCCUCCUCCAGCACGGAGCAGAGCUCGCUCUCGUUGCGCACGAGUGUCCCCUCGACGCUGUCCUUCAAUUUGCACCUGCCCUCGUCCUCGGGGGCUGGCCUGGCCUCGGAUGGCGGCGCGGCCCAGGCUGCGCCGACAUCCGAGGCAGCCGACAUGUCCACCGGCCAGGUCGCGCCGCUGCCGGUGUCCGUGGAUCCUUCGGCCGCGCUUGCGGGCGCGGCUGUCGAGGCCGAAGAGGAAGAGGUUCCCUUCUCGGACCGCCGCGUGCUGGACCGACUCUCAGAGACCUUCAAGGUCGAUCUGGCCGCCGUUCGCAAGUACCUGGAGGCCGACACCCCGAGUGGACACGACUUGCGCGUGGCCUACAACCUCCUGGCCGAUCAGCUUCCCCACUCGGCGGUGUCCUACUCGCCGGUGUACUCGGCCCAUUCGCAGGGCUCCUUCGAGAGCGGUCCCUCCACUGGGGCAGCCCCCUCGCGCUCGACGUCCAUCACAUCGGCCGACAGUGUGACGGCCCGGUCGCCGGUUGCGGCUGGAUCGGCCGCUUUGGUGGACUCGGCCAUCACGAAUGCCCAGCCACGGCCGCCGGUGAGCUCCCCAAGCUCGGUCUCCUCGGCUGGGCCAUCCCCCCGUGCUGGGAGUGACCCAUCGGCGGCCGUGGCAGCGGCGACACCGGCGGCCGUGGCCGCGGCCGCGGCCUCGGCGCCGGCCACAGCCGUGCCCCAUGUGUCCGGCGUGUCGCACUCAACUCGCCAGGCUGCCGCCCUCACCGAGGGCGCCUCCGCAGCCGCCAGCGGCAGCUCUCUCCCGGUGGUGUCGCCAGCCGUGUCGCGCGCCGGAUCCGGAACCCUGCCCUCGGGACGCCCCUCGCGGCAGUACAUCGACACCGCCUCGUCGGCCGGCACGUCGGCGGUUCCCUCGAGGCAGGCAUCUCCCGUGAGCGCCGCUGCCCCGGUGGUGUCCCCCCGGCUGGCAUCGAGUGUCGGCUCGGUGGUGACGACAUCGGCGGGGGGGACAACGGCCACGACCACGGCGGCCAGCACGCCGAAGUCGGCCACAUCGGCGGCCGCCGCCGCGGCCAUGGCCUCGGAUGCGCGGCUGUCGCGGCCGCCGCUGCCACAAGCCUCGGCGGCGCCGGCCGGCGGCACUGGAGCCCCCCCACGAGCCCGGCCAAACAACAGUCGCCGGCGUUCGCGCUGGCACUUGGGCAUUCGGUCGCGUGCCUCGCCGCUGGACAUCAUGCGCGAGGUGUUCGGCGCGCUGCACUCGCUGUCACUCUUGUCGGCCAGCCGGUCAGCGGGCCCCUCGUCGCCGGUGGAUGCUGCCUCGGGCGGCGAUCCCCCGGCCGGGGGCCCCGGAUCUCCGGGCGGGGUCUCAAGCCCCAAGGUCGAGGGGUUGGAGUGGGCUCUGGUCACCCCGACCAAUCCCUUUACCAUCCAUGUGCGGGCCCUGGCGCCGGUGGUGUCCGACGCCCCGGAGUCGCCGGCCACCAACCACAUGGACAUGGAUCACCACCUCCUGCCUGGGGGUGACAGUCUGUCAGCCGAAACGACCCCUCCCUGCUCGUCGUCGUCCUCCAGCUCGGCGCUGGUGUCCUAUGCGUCGGUCGGCGCGGCUGCCGCCGAGGACUCGGCCCCUGCCGGCGGGGCGGCGGAGCCGGAGAGUGGACCCAGCCCUGGUGGCCGGCCGCGGCCGGCGCCGCUGGCCGUGGACUCGGCCCUGCCCCGGCCAACGCCUCGGCCGUCCGAUGGCGGUGUCGCCCCCUCGCCGCGCCGCCAUGUGACCAUUCGCUUGCAGCUGUACCGGGUUGAUGACCCGCCAUCAUCCUCGGUGCUCGGGGCGUCGACGUCGAAUCCCGGAGCCGGGCCCGGCAGCUCGGCGUCGGGGCUCACCUCGGCCCGAAACAAUUACCUCUUGGACUUUACGCACAUCCCCUCGGAGCCAGAGGCUGGCCUCUGUGUGUUCGACUUCUUCUGGCUCUGUGGCCGGCUCAUCACCCAGCUGGCGAUGAGUGGCUAA